AUGUCUGAAUUUCUUGGCUCUCGCAUAUCCCUCAUCUCGAAGAGUGAUAUCCGCUAUUCGGGUGUAUUGCACGAGAUCAAUUCAGAAGAGUCGACAGUCUCUCUAGAAAAUGUCAGAUCGUUCGGUACCGAGGGCCGUAAAGGUAGCCCAGAAGAAGAGAUAGCACCUUCUGACCAAGUCUACGAAUACAUCGUCUUUCGCGGUAGUGACGUGAAAGACUUGCGAAUCGAGCAAGCUCCUAUUCCUCCCAAAGAGAACCAACCUCCUAAGGUUCCAGAUGAUCCUGCUAUCGUUGGAGCUCGUACUCGUCCCGGUCCUGGUCCUGGUCCUGGUCCUGCAGGUGCUAUUCCAGCAGGUGCUAUUCCACCUGGUCCAGGAGCUCCAGGCUACGGCCAAAGUCCGUAUCAACCCAACCCGUUCUAUCCUCCGCCUCCUGGACAAUGGGGACGUGGUGGCCCUGGUCCCGUUCCGGGUCAAGGCUUUCAUGGAAUGCCCUACCCACCCCCCCUGGCUGGUUUCCUCCCGGCCAAGGUUUCCCGGCUGGUGGACCUGGAGGACCCGGUCCGUGGAAUAGCUUUGGAUACCCGCCUGGACCUGGUCCUCAAGGGCCUCAAGGACCUCAAGGACCCCCUGGCGCGUCGACAAACAAAGACUGCAACCUAUUCAACCCACCUCAACUGGCGCCGCCCCGACCCCCCGGUCGAGUCGAAACCUACCGCGGCGGAAGUCAAAGCUACUGUAGAAUCUCUAUCGACAACGAACGCCCCUCCGACUAAUGUCGCUGAGAAGAAGGCUGUUCCAACCGGCCCUAAGAACAAUCGAGUCCUCCCUGCUGUGCCGAUUCAGGCCGCAGUUACUCCGAAAAUCGCCCCCCAAGUUACUGCCGCCGCUUCUACAGUUAAACCUGUAGGAGGGCAAGCUGCUACUCAGGCUGCACUUAAAGAUGCCACUCAAGCCGCAAAAGAAGCAGUUGCUGUUGCGAUGGCGAAGCUCAACAACGCCGCUGCUGAACCCCCUACACAGAAUGGUAGCGCAAUGGAUAACCUAACAAAGAAGGUCAAUGAGAUGAGGAUGAACGCCCCCAGGUCCUCAGCAAGCGGUAGGGGACGUGGUCGAGGUGGACGUUCCGGCGGGCCAAGCAAGGUCAACGUUCCGGAUUCCGACUUCGACUUUGAAGCCGGCAAUGCAAAAUUCAACAAGCAAGAUCUCGUAAAAGAGGCUAUCGCGGGCCCGCCUCUUGCUGAGAUCAUUCCCAAUACUUCAGUCCCAGAGCAAGUACAGACCGAUGAUUCUGUACCUCCUGUUGCCUAUAACAAGACCACAUCAUUUUUCGACAACAUCUCCAGUGAGGCUAAGGAUCGUGCCGAGAACGGCGGCCAGAAGCCUGGCGGACGAGAAUGGCGUGGCGAAGAGCAGCGCAAGAACAUGGAGACGUUUGGCCAGGGAAGCGUUGAUGGUGGCUACCGUGGUGGGUACCGCGGCCGGGGUCGUGGUGGACGUGGCGGCCCUCGCGGCCGUGGCUUUGCCCCUCGAGGAAGAGGGAAUGCAUACCGCCAACCCGCAGCUCAAUGA